ACAUUUCAGAGUUGUUGGUAGUUCGAGCAUUCUGACGCCUUGAACUCUACAUGUAUGCGCCAUGUGUGUGUACACAUGUGAAAUUAAAAAAUGUCAGAUAGCCGUUAAAGUAUAUUUACAUAUGUUACAUAUGAGAAAAACGGACAGUAUUAAAGAACGAUGAAUAAAACCUCGCGUUUCGUGAAUUGCGGUUUCAUUUUAUAAACCGAAGCAAUAGUAUUUGACGUUCCGUUACGUACGUUCGCGACAAGAUCACGCCUAGGUUAUUUUUUUAAAUGGAAGAGGCGGCUGGUCACUCGCUAAAUUCACGUCUAGACAGUAGUGAUCAAAUCAUUGAGACAGAUGAUGAGAAUGCAAGUAAGAUCAACAAUGACAUUGGAUGUGAACAGGAGAUUCCGUACGGGGUGUGUACACCGCAGCAAGCAUCGACUAGUAGACAAAUCGACAAUUCUAUUUUUAAUACCAUAUCUAAAAUCGUGAAUCCUGCAGCAAAGGUACCAGAGAUUCAGGAUUUCAAAAUUGUAAAGCCUAUAAGCCGUGGAGCAUUUGGUAAAGUAUUCCUUGGGUACAAAAAAUCUAAUCCUGAGAAAGUAUAUGCAAUCAAAGUGAUGAAGAAAAAUGAGAUGAUCAACAAAAACAUGGCCUCGCAAGUAAUAAUAGAGCGAAAUGCAUUGGCCAUAACUCAUAGUCCAUAUUGCGUACAAUUAUUUUAUUCGUUGCAAUCUGUACGCAGUGUCUACUUAGUAAUGGAGUACAUGGUGGGCGGAGAUCUUAAGAGUUUGUUGGGUGUGUAUGGCUAUAUGGAAGAAUCCAUGGCAGCUUUUUAUACCGCGGAAGUAUGUCUAGCGUUGGAAUACCUUCACUCCCAUGGAAUCGUACACAGAGAUUUAAAGCCAGACAAUAUGCUUUUGUCACGAGAAGGGCAUGUCAAGCUGACAGACUUUGGACUGAGUAACAUAUCUUUGCACAGAGAUCUCGAAAUAUCUGAUUUAGUAAAUUGUACACCCAGUCUUUGUACAAGAACACCUGGGCAGCUUCUGUCGUUGACUUCUCACUUAUCUUUUGGUUCUGGACAGAAAUCCGCAAGUGAUUCGAAUGUCAGUGAAGGAAGCACGCCGGGCAUUAACUUGCUGCCUGCCUUACAACGAAAUUGCAAUAAGUUCCAGUCAUCGCCGAACUCGGUUAUUUCUUCUGCUGCGUCGGGAGACUACUCUCGAGUAUCUGGUAUUACACCUUUUCAAUCGGCCGAAGACCUUCGGUUAGGGGAUCACUUUGGAAACAAUAUCAGAACUACAAGUAUCGGAGAGGAACAGGAGAGUAGUUCUGGAAGUUAUCACACUUGCGAAGCUUCUUCAGUCCGCGCUAAUAGUCAAUUGAAUCAAGAUGGGGACGACGAAGACGAGUCUACAUUAGAAGCGGAGCAAUCUCAGCAUACCGUUUUCCAUACUAGUCCGUUGAGCACAUGCGUGACAAUGUUUGCAAGGGGUGCGAAGAGAAAGAGGGCUCCUGCGGGGGGUACAACGGGUCUAACAUGCGAGAUAAACGCCAUAGAUUUGGACAUGGACAAAACGCCCAAAAGGAAAAACCGGGGCUGUAUAUUUUCCAGGAGUCCUAACAAUUCCGAUAUCUCUGCAUCGUUGAAGCCAUCGAAUAACAUCAGCGAUGUAAACGGAGGACAAGAAACUGGUUCAGGCGGAAGAGUCGCUUUCAGUACGCCAGUGUCAUUCAUGAAACAAAAGGAGAGGAAUCAACAGAAAUGUAACAUCGAGGAGGAAGAGGAGAAAGAUGAACCAGAAAUAGUAACCUUGGUCAAAGCUACAAGAUUUCAGCUUCCACUGCCCACCGCUUCUACGUCGCGUUCAGUCACCGAUACACCUGGCGAUAUAUCGGGCCAGGCCCGUUCGCCUCAAAGUAUAUCUCCUAUCAAAACACCGGCAAGCUCAAGUAACUGUUACACACCUUACAGAACACCAAAGUCUGUUAGAAGAGGCGGCCAAUCUGGUGCUAACAGAUCAGAUGACCGUAUACUUGGAACACCGGAUUACUUGGCUCCAGAGUUGCUUCUGAAACAAGGUCAUGGUUCGGCGGUAGAUUGGUGGGCCUUGGGAGUCUGUCUUUUUGAAUUCUGCACCGGUGUACCGCCGUUUAACGACGAGACACCGCAAGCUGUCUUUGCCAAUAUUUUAGCUAAAGACAUUCCAUGGCCAGAGGACAACGAAGCUCUGUCGGUCGCAGCCACAGAGGCCAUCGAUGCCCUUCUGACACUAGAUCAACACGAGCGUCCGUCCGCCAAAGAAGUGCGGACUAUGAGUCUCUUCCAGGACUUCCCCUGGAACGAUCCGCUGAAAACCGUCCCACCGUUUGUUCCUCAACCCGAUGACAAUUAUGAUACAUGCUAUUUUCAAGCACGGAACAUUAUGCAGCAUUUGAACGUGAGCAGCUGCGACACGUGACUCCUGUGGAGGCACCGUUUGGACGGGAGUAGGCACCAUUAACACACAAAUUGUUACACAACGUAACACUAAUUUUUUCAUAUAGUUGUAAAUGUAUAAUACUAUAAAAUAUUUUGUUACGACUUACAA